AUGAUAUUAAGGUCGGAUGUGCUCUUGCUGAGCAGUUUCCUUGCAAUUUCUGCGCAGGCAGCAGAGACAAGAGCCUCCGAGUCUUCGCGGCCUCGAGGUGUCGGACCCGAAUUCGCCAAAUUCUACAAGUCCACCGCCUCCCCCGCCAAUUUCACAUGUAUUUCGAACCCGGCCAUUUCGAUCCCCUUCUCUCGCAUCAACGACGACUUUUGCGACUGCCCCGACGGCAGCGAUGAGCCUGGCACUUCGGCCUGCUCUUACCUCUCCCCCCUGUCGCCGCCCCAGUACCACCCGGGCCCAGACACGCUCUCCACGACGGCAAACACAACGUUAGCAUUACCGGGCUUCUACUGCAAGAACAAGGGCCAUGUGCCACAGUAUUUGAGAUUCGAGAGCGUCAACGACGGGAAAUGCGACUACGAGAUCUGCUGUGACGGGUCAGACGAGUACGCUUCCGUAGGGGGGGUCAAGUGCGAGGACAGAUGCGCGAGCAUCGGCAAAGAAUACCGCAAGCAGGAGGAGACGCGGCAGAAAGCCCUGCGAGCGGCGUUAAAGCGGAAGUCCCAGCUCGCGGCCGAGGCGGAGAGGCUGAAGAAGGAAGUCGAGUUGAAGAUUGAGGACGCCGAGAUCAAGUUGAAGGCAUUCCAGAUUAAUGUCAAAGAGGCCGAGGAGAACCUGAAGGAAGUGGAACGGCGAGAGAAAUUGAGGGUCGUCAGGGGCCAGUCCGCGGGCGGUGGCAAACUCGGGGUACUAGUCGGACUCUCAAAAUCACGGAUCGACGAGCUGCGGGCACAGCUGGCCAAGACCAAGAAACAGCGCGAUAGCAUGGUCGGCCGGGUCACGGAGCUCGAAGGUCUGCUGUCGGCCCUGCAGAAGGACCACAACCCGAAUUUCAACGACGAAGGCGUCAAGGCCGCGGUGCGCGGGUGGGAGGACUACGCGGCGCGCGACACGGACGACAACUGGACAGAAGCCGAGGAUCGCGAUCUCCAGGCCAUCCUCGCCGACGACACCGACGCCAACGGCAUCGACUGGGCCGAGUUCUCCCAGGAAAGUGACUUGGACGUGGAGUCUGACGUCGCAGCCCUGUAUAGCUUCACGUCCUAUCUCCCCGCGCCGCUCCGCGUCUGGCUCUCCGACAGCAUGGCCUCCUUGCGCAAGAUCCUCAUCGAGAACGGCGUGCUCCCCGACACAGGCAAGUCCGCCGACUCGGCCGCCCAGGAGUCCAAAGCCGUGCAGGACGCAAAGCGCACGCUGAGCGACGCGGAACGCGACGUGCGCAACGCCGAGAACGACAUCACCCGAUUCCGCGAGGACUUGUCGAAAGAUUACGGCCCCUUUGACGGCAUCUUCCGCGCGCUCAAGGACCAGUGCAUCUCAAAAGACAGCGGCGAGUACGAGUACGAGGUCUGCUUCCUGGGCAGCACGAAGCAGAGACCCAAGAAAGGGGGCGCACACACGGGGAUGGGCAACUUUGCGGGCUUUGACGCUGAAUUCGUGGAUGAAGGCGUCGACAAGGACGGGAAAGGCUUGGGCACGGGCAACAGAGUGGUCUUGAAGUAUGAAAACGGGCAGCAUUGCUGGAAUGGGCCAAACCGGAGUACCCGCGUGGUGUUGGCGUGCGCGGAAAAGGAAGAAAUCUGGAAGGUCAGUGAGAGUGAAAAGUGCGUGUAUCGGAUCGAGGUCGGCACGGCGGCGGUUUGCGAGUCGAGUGUCAAAAAGAAUGAAGAGCAGGAGAAAGCGGAUGAUGCUGCAAAGAAGGAUGAACUGUAG